GUGGACAUCUGAGCAGAACAAGUAUGGAAAAUGUAUCCUCUGUUAGCAGGCACUUUGUCCUCCUUGGACUUGUGGAGAUGGAAGAUCUGAGAUAUCUCUACUGCAUUCUCUCCCUGUUCCUAUACAUAUUUAUACUGCUCUUGAGCUUGGGGAUUGUGCUUGUGGUUCUGACAGAAGAAAGCCUCCAUGAGCCCAUGUACAUAUUCAUAUGUAAUCUUACCUUCAACGGGAUGUUGGGGAGCAGCUCUUUCUUCCCCAAACUGAUCAUUGACUUGUUGGCUUCGUCCCAUCAGAUCUCACACGUUGGCUGCUUUCUGCAAGUUCUUGCUUUGAUGAUUUAUGUUUUUUUCGAGAUAUUCUCAUUCACACUCAUGGCCUAUGACAGGUAUCUGGCUGUGUGUGACCCCUUACGAUAUGCCACCAAAAUGACCAACGCAAAAGCCGUUAGACUCAUCCUCGGUUUCUUUGCUUUCUCCUUCUUCUCUGUCUUGGUUGGAGUGAUUUUAUCUGCAAGACUUUCUUACUGUGGGACACAAAUCAAAAACAUUUUUUGUGAAAACCUUUCCCUCAUUGUCCUGUCCUGUGGGGAUUCCUCUGUCAAUAGUCUCUAUGGGAUCUCAGUUACUGUUAUUCUGUUGGUUUUCACGUUACUGAUUAUCGCUUAUUCCUACAUUAAUAUCUUUAUGGUCUGUCUGGAGAUUUCCAAGGAAGCCUGUGAGAAAGCCAUUCACACUGUGGUCACCCACUUCCUUGGCUUUUCCAUCUUCUUGGUUGGGGGGCUGUUUAUUUUUGUAAGAUUCCGACUGGGGAACAACAAUCUCCCCCUUUUUGCCCAAAUUCUGCUCUCUGUAACUUUUAUAGUUUUCCCUCCUCUUUUUAACCCCCUGAUAUACGGAAUAAGGACUAAAGCAUUAAGGGGCCGUGGACAGCUGAGCAGAAAAAGUAUGGAAAAUGCGUCCUCUGUUAGCAGGCACUUUGUUCUCCUUGGACUUGUGGAGAUGGAAGAUCUGAGAUAUCUCUACUGCAUUCUCUCCCUGUUCCUAUACAUAUUUAUACUGCUCUUGAGCUUGGGGAUUGUGCUUGUGGUUCUGACAGAAGAAAGCCUCCAUGAGCCCAUGUACAUAUUCAUAUGUAAUCUUACCUUCAACGGGAUGUUGGGGAGCAGCUCUUUCUUCCCCAAGCUGAUCGUUGACUUGUUGGCUUCGUCCCAUCAGAUCUCACACGUUGGCUGCUUUCUCCAAGUUCUUGGUAUGGUGACAUAUGCUUUUUUUGAGCUAUCCUCGUUUACACUCAUGGCCUAUGACAGGUAUCUGGCUGUGUGUGACCCCUUACGAUAUGCCACCAAAAUGACCAAUUUUGGGAUAAUGUAG